UGGUCUCGAACUCCUGGCCUCAAGCGAUCCUCCCGCCUCGACCUCCCAAAGUGCUGGGAUGACAGUCCGUGUGCCGGUGACGUCCUGGACGCGCCCUCCCCAUGCUCCGUGGUGAACCACCUGCGGUGGGACCUGGGUGCCCAGCAGAUCGAGGAGUGCACCCGGGAGCUCAUCCAGCAGACCAAGUGUGUGUACGACCGGGUGGGCUCCCAGGCCUUCGAGGACGUAUCCUACGAGAGCACACUCAAGGCGCUGGCCGACGUAGAGGUCACCUAUACAGUUCAGAGGAACAUCCUUGACUUCCCCCAGCAUGUCUCUCCCUCCAAGGACGUCCGGACGGCCAGCACGGAGGCCGACAAGAAGCUGUCUGAGUUUGACGUCGAGAUGAGCAUGCGGCAGGAUGUGUACCAGAGGGUCGUGUGGCUCCAGGAGAAGGUGCAGAAGGACUCGCUGAGGCCCGAGGCUGCACGCUACCUGGAGCGACUGCUCAAACUGGGCCGGAGGAACGGGCUGCACCUCCCCCAGGAGACACAAGAGAAAAUCAAAAGCAUCAAGAAGAAGCUGAGCCUCCUGUGCAUAGACUUCAACAAGAAUCUGAACGAGGACACCACCUUCCUGCCCUUCACGCGCGAGGAGCUAGGAGGGCUCCCUGAGGACUUCCUCAACUCCCUGGAGAAGACAGAGGACGACAGGUUGAAGGUCACCCUCAAGUACCCUCACUACUUCCCCCUCCUGAAGAAAUGCCACGUGCCCGAGACCAGGAGGAAAGUGGAGGAAGCCUUCAACUGCCGCUGCAAGGAGGAGAACUGUGCCAUCCUCAAGGAGCUGGUGGCGCUCCGGGCCCAGAAAUCCAGCCUGCUGGGGUUCAGCACGCACGCUGACUACGUGCUGGAGAUGAACAUGGCGAAGACCAGCCAGGCCGUGGCCGCCUUCCUAGAUGAGCUGGCGCAGAAGCUGAAGCCGCUGGGCGAGCAGGAGCGCGCCGUCAUCCUGGAGCUGAAGCGGGCGGAGUGCGAGCGGCGGGGCCUGGCCUUCGACGGGCGCAUCCACGCCUGGGACAUGCGCUACUACAUGAACCAGGUGGAGGAGACCCGCUACCGCGUGGACCAGAACCUGCUCAAGGAGUACUUCCCCAUGCAGGUGGUCACCCGCGGGCUGCUGGGCAUCUACCAGGAGCUGCUGGGACUCACCUUCCACCUGGAGGAGGGCGCCGGCGCGUGGCACGAGGACGUGAGGCUGUACGCCGUGCGGGACGCGGCCUCGGGCGAGCUGGUCGGCAAGUUCUACCUGGACCUGUACCCGCGGGAAGGGAAGUACGGGCACGCGGCCUGCUUUGGCCUGCAGCCCGGCUGCCUGCGGCAGGACGGGACCCGCCAGGUCGCCGUCGCAGCCAUGGUGGCCAACUUCACCAAGCCCACGCCAGACGCCCCGUCCCUGCUGCAGCACGACGAGGUGGAGACCUACUUCCACGAGUUCGGGCACGUGAUGCACCAGCUCUGCUCCCAGGCGGAGUUCGCCAUGUUCAGCGGGACACACGUGGAGCGUGACUUCGUGGAGGCACCGUCGCAGAUGCUGGAGAACUGGGUGUGGGAGAAGGAGCCGCUGCUGCGCAUGUCCCAGCACUACCGCACGGGUGGCGCGGUGCCCCAGGAGCUGCUGGACAAGCUCAUCGCGUCACGGCAGGCCAACACGGGCCUCUUCAACCUGCGCCAGAUCGUCCUGGCCAAGGUGGACCAGGCCCUGCACACGCAGACGGACGCCGACCCGGCCGAGGAGUAUGCACGGCUCUGCCAGGAGAUCCUCGGUGUCCCCGCCACGCCAGGCACCAACAUGCCCGCGACCUUCGGCCACCUGGCAGGCGGCUACGACGCCCAGUACUAUGGCUACCUGUGGAGCGAGGUGUACUCCAUGGACAUGUUCCACACACGCUUCAAACAGGAGGGCGUCCUCAACAGCAAGGUCGGCAUGGACUACAGAAGCUGCAUCCUGAGGCCCGGCGGCUCCGAGGACGCCAGCGCCAUGCUCAAGCGCUUCCUGGGCCGCGACCCCAAGCAGGACGCCUUCCUCCUGAGCAAGGGACAGCUGCUGGAAGCUCGACAGCUGCUGGAAGCUCGGCAGCUGCUGUCCACGUGA